ACCCUCCGCUCCCAAUCUCAUCUCCACUCCUCGCAGCACAAAGGGCGAAGCGAAAGAGAGAGUGGGCGAUAGAGCUAACAGAAGAAGAAGAUAACUGCGAUCAUGGGCAAUCAGGAGAAGAAGAAUGGAGGAGAAAGGGAGAAGAAAGACGACCGCACGAUCACCGUCGUCUUGAAGGUCGGCAUGUAUUGCGAGGGAUGCGCCAAGGAGGUGAAGAAAUCCGUCGAGGGAUUCGAAGGGGUGGAACAGGUGAAGGUGGACAUCGGUGCGGGGAUGCUGAGGGUGGUGGGGAAGGUGGAUCCAUCGAGGCUCCGCGAUCAUGUGGCGAAGAAAACCAACAGGAAGGUCGACCUCGUCUCCCCCACCAAUAACCCCCAAAAGGACGCUAAAAAGAAGGACGACCCCAAAAAGCCCACCGCCGGAAAGGACUCCAAUAAGUCCGACAAGAAAAAAUCCAAGGAGCCUGGGCUUUUGACGGUGGUGCUGAAGACUCACCUCCACUGUGAUUGCUACGCCAAAUUGAUUAAAAAGAAGAUCCUCAAGCAUGAGGGAGUGCGGCUAGUGGUGGCGGACGUGCAGAAGGGUAUGAUAAUGGUGACGGGGACGAUGGACGUCAAGCGGGUGCUUAAGAUGCUAAAGCAGGAGCUGGAGCAGACGGUGGAGGUGGCGGCUGUUGGAAGUUGAACUUGACUAUUCAAAUUCUGUUAUUGGGAUGAUUAUUUUCAAGCUAAACAUCUGGUUAAAGACUGCAAUAACUGCAGACAAAUAAUAUAUUGUUGGAAAGCAGUGUCCGUCUAGUUUCUAAUAUUUUA